CCUGUCUCUCAAGAGCUUACAGGAAGUCCAUUCUGUCUGGUGUCUACAGGAGGGAUGAUGAUGCCAAACUGACUGGAUAAUCCCCGGAGUCUCUGGACUUGGCCCUCCUCUUUAAUCCUACACUGCCAUGGCGACAGAACAAGAGCAGACCCCACCACUCAGUGCGCCGGUUCAGAACCACAACCCCAUUAGGAUUCGCCGGACCAGCAAAAAAGUCACAGACAAGACCCCAGCCUUCCUGAUGGCCCGGUUCCAGGGCGAUGGAGUCCGGUACAAGGCCAAGCUCAUUGGGGUGGAUGAUGUCCCCGAGCCCCAGGGUGACAAAAUGUGUUUGGACUCCAUGAUGAAGCUCAAGGGUCGGGAGGUGGCCGCGCGUCAGCAAGGUCAGCACAAGCAGAGGAUCUGGCUGAAGGUGUCGACCGCGGGGGUGAAAAUCAUGGACGAGAAAUCAGGGCAAGUGGAGCUGGAGCACCCAAUGGAGCAGAUCAGCUUAGUGAAGAAGGAUGAGUUUGAUCCCCGAGCCUUUGCGUACAUCUUCGGACACGAGGGCACCUACAAACUCUUCUUCAUCAAGAUGGCCAAUGCAGCUGAUCCUGUAAUUGAGGACUUCAAAGACGUACGUCAGAUUGUGCCUCUCACCAUGUUGAAUAGGGUGAGAGACAGAAGGCUGUCUUAGUAUUUUUUAUCU